UCGGCAUAUUCCAAAAUAUUCUAUUCACUAUUCAGACGCAGAGAUUUUGAACAACAAUAAGCCAAAAGUCAACAGAAACGGUGAAGAACACUAACGCCCGUCAACCGUCCGUUCAAUUGCUCAAAGUAGAGUCACCUCCUGCUCUGCUGUGCUGGUCCACAAUCCAUAAGCUUCAUCACUGCAUCUGUACUUUUAUAAUUGAUGAUUGAGGCAAAAAUUGACGGCAACGUCAACUGACGGACAACCGCCAGACAGCAGACCAUCUCACAUGCCUUUUCGUCGUCCUCCUCCUCCUCCUCCUCCUGAUUCCUUCUUCUUUUAAGUAUUACUUUUACUGCUACUUACCAGAAGAGUUAAUAAUUACAGCUCUAUUUUCUCACUCUAGAUGCUUCACAAUUUUCUACCAAGCUGUAAAAUUCCUCCAGGUCCAGUUGUUUAGGAUAGAUGGGUUGAUUCUUUAGCCAGAUUAUAUGCCCUUGAAUUGACUCAAUGGGGGACUUGACUUCGGGUUCUAGCUCAUUCAGGACUGUAGCAACAGAUUCUACUAGUGGCAUGAAGAAGUCAACAGGGCGUUUGAUUGCUUCUAGCCAUAAAUCUUGUUCACAUCAAUCUCUGCAGAGAAUUCCCUUCCGAAACCAGUUGCUAAGCAACGAGAAUUUGGGGCGGGUAGCUGGUAACCCAGUUGCGUCAUUUUUACUUAAAGCUGCUGCAUUAGAGGUUGUGCGGAGGUUUUCAAAGGCCAGGUGUCCGUUUGUCUGGUCCACUUUGCAGGCUCUGCAAGUUGUUUGUUAUCCACCAUUUAAGUGGAUAGAGAGGUGGAACCCAUUUAGAGCUUUGGUUAAAGGGAUGCAGAUGCUGUCGCGGCCUUUACUGGUAAUAUCCCUUGCAACAGCCUUGUCUGAUGGUUCAGGAUGCAAAGAUGAUACCUUGGAUAAUGAAGAUCCUCCUCGCACCAGUGAAUCUACCUCAUUAGAUUCCCCUUCAGAUAUAUCCUCUGUGCAGUCUGCUCCCAGUAUGAGUAUUGGUGGUGAUGGGUCUGAAAAUCUAUCUUCUAAAACUUGGUUGCUUCUGCUCUAUAAAGAACUUCAACUUCAGGGGAUAACUUUACCUGAAAGAAUUGAUGAGGAGGAGCUUCAUAGAUUCUAUGAGACCGCGAAUGGAAAUUUUCCACGCUUUCUAUCAUUAGUGAAGAAAACAAUCUCUUGGAGGAAGAACUACCGAAUUCUGUCAGAACAAGAACUUAAAAUGUGGUCAAGUAUGGUCUUCUGGCAUGGAGUUGAUAAAAAACAUCAACUUUGCCUUAUUGUCCGCCUUGGAUUGGCUUGCAUAAGCGUGCCAUUAUCUGACAGACCUCGAUUUUCUCAGGCAGUUGGUAUGCUUUUCAACUUCUAUGAUUUUGUGGAAUAUGGAGUUCUCCAUCUAAUGGACAAUGAACAUUCUCGAAUUACUGUCUUGGUGGACUGUGAAGGCUUGUCACCUCUCAAGUUUCCCAUGCAAAUGUCAUUAACCUGUUGCAAUAUUCUGCAAGAGCACUUCCCAAAACGUCUAGGCUGCAUAUAUGUCGUACGACUUCCCCUAGUUGCUCGAGUCAUUGCACAAACUUUUAUCCAGUUUCUCAAACCUGGAACCAGACAAAAGCUGAAAAUUCUUGGAGAGAUGUACCAAGAGGCUCUUUCCAAUUGCAUCGAGACACUCCCGUCAUGUCUUGGUGGGUUAUGCACAUGCUUGACAUGUUCCAGGCUUGACAUCUGCAAUCGGCAGCAGCCCUGUAUUACUGAAUCCAAUUGGGGUGAAUCAUUUGCAAAUAUAACAAGUGAGGAAGUUCUGCCGGCACUUGAUCCAACUUAUGACACUGAUAUUCUCUUAAGCGCCAGUGGUGAACAAUUAUUGAGAAAAGCUGUAGUUGGAAUUCUCAUAUUCUGGGUGUUGAUUGCUUUCUUUGCCGGAGUAUAUGCAUCUUGAAAGCAGACCAGUUUUAAACUUGAGGUGACUGAUCGUGCAAAUUUCCUUGCUCCUUGAAUUGGCAAAUGCCUUCUAGACUGCCCUUAUUGACCUUGUCAUGGAAGUCCAAAUUCACAAAUCUGGGGUCCAUUCAGCAGCCAAUGAGGAUGUUAUAAGCCUGGAUGGCAUAAUGUUGUUUACAUCGUCAAUUCUGACAGAAAGUUCAGUCCUAGGAACUUAUCAAGUUUUAUUCGCAUAUUCUUUGCAGCGAUUGGGUCUGCUCAAUUUGUUCUAAUCGGCAUCCGAAUUGUGAUGAUGACUGGGUUCAAAUUCGUCUGUUUCUUAGAGAAAAUCCAUGUGGAUUACAGGCUUUGAGCUAUGGAUAAUCUGAAAAUCCAGCAGCGAUAACUAUUGAUGACAUGGAUAGAAAAGUACUUCAUUGUUAGUCAACCUCCGUGCAUGUACGGACAAAACAUCCAUCCGCAUCCAAGAGAAGAGAUUGAAGCAAAUCAUCUUUUUGCCUCUUUAAAGGUGGGUUCCAGCUUCCCCCUUUCACAACUGGCAAUAGUGAAUAGCGAAAUGAAAGUUUCUGCAACUCUCAAAAUCACUACUUUCGCGACUUUGCUAUUUUCCCAGCAUUCGUCACUUUGCGAACACCUCAAGCUCCCUCGUCAUGGUUUUGGCAGAUGUUCUAAUAUUUUGUUUAUUUAUUUAUUCAUUAGUAAAAUCACAUAUUGAAAGUUAAAAACUCA